GUUAGGAUUCUGCGCUUUCACUGUCGUGGCCCAGGUUUAGUCCCUAGUCAGGGAACCUAGGUCUCACAAGCUGUGUGGUGCAGCCAAAAGGAGAAAGAAAAUAGUAUAGUAGUUCCUUUAAAGGUGAAACAUAGAGUUGUCAUGUGACUGCAAUUCUACCCUUCGGCAUAUACCCAAGAGAAAUGAAAAUAUAUGUCUAUACAAAACUUCUAAACCGAUGUUCAUAGCAGCAUUAUUCAUAAUAGUCAAAAUGUGGCAAUAAUGCAAAUACCUGUCAGCUGAUAAAUGGAAUAACAUGAUAUAUCCAUAAAAAGAUGUAUUAUUCAGCCAUGGAAAGGAAUGAAAUAUUGAUACAUGCUAUGAAGUGGAUGAGCCUCCAAAAUAUACUAAGUGCGUCACAGCCCAGCCAGCGGGAGCCGGGUUUGGAGAGUCCAGGGCACUCGGAGAAUCCGGGUAGCCCUGGCUGGAGCCAUGUCCCGGAACCUGCGCACUGCUCUCAUUUCCGGCGGCUUCCUCUCCCUAAUUGGCGUCACCUUCUACCCCAUCUACUUCCGGUCCUUAAUGCGGCUGGAGGAGUACAAGAAGGAACAAGCCAUUAAUCGAGCUGGUAUUGUUCAAGAAGACGUGCAGCCACCAGGGUUGAAAGUGUGGUCGGUUCCAUUUGGCCGGAAAUGAGAAGACUAACACCACCUCUAAUGAUGCAAGUAGACAGAGGCUUCAUGCUUCCAGUUCUGCAGCAAGUGCAGUAAGUCACCUGGCUGGAGAACAGUGGCUGAGCAGAAAACUCUAGAAGGCCAUAAAGAGUCCUGUGCAUGAGGAUUACGUCCCUUCUUAAAAGAACCCUGGAACAAAUCAUACUGUCAGGAGGGUUUUCAUGAUUUGGUUUCCUUUCUAAAAAUGAAGCUGUCUCACUCAGCUGGGCUUGAAGGCUAUCUACAUAUUAUUCAGUCUCUACCUCUUAGCCUGCCAUGCUGUGAUAUGAAUACAGGCAACCAGUAGACUGGGGAAGGUCCUAGACUGU